AUGGAGAGGAGUCAAUGGUACACGCAGUGCCGCUCCUAUGUGGCUCUUGUAUGCACCGCCGUAGGCAGUUUUUCUGCAGACCACCCAACAGUUUUAAUUUCUCUCGGUGUGACGGCUAUGGCCGGUGCACUUGCUGUGUAUGUAUCGACGGGCUCUCCGCGUUGGAAAGGGGCACCGAUUCUUUUUAGGCAACGCAGAAGUGGUAGUGGACGGGACUUCUACCGAAAAAAUUUUCGCCCGGCGGCUUUGACCGCUGUUUGUACGUCUACAAAGACGCCAUGGCUUACCGACAAAGAGGAUGAGGAGGAUGUGUUGUCUGAGGUAGCGGCGGAGAUGAGCGAGGCUCUGCACGCUGACGUGGAUAGCCUGAGUUUGCCCUCAUCUUCAAAUCCGAGCUUUCAGCAACCGCAUCGUGGUCAUCGCUGCCAAAACUGCGCCACCGUCUGUGGUUUCUGUGAAUCCGCCGCGGUGAUGCGGGUUUCGUCGGUGGCCAGCUUUUCAUCUGGGGCACUUUGCACGCAUUGUUUCUUUCGGAGCAUGAGCGGGCGUAUUAGCAACAGCAGCGGUCUUGAUACGCCUAAAAUCGUCUUUUCUGGCGAAGGAACUCCGGCUGUGACGUCAGUAGUAGGGAACGGUGCCAGUACGGCGGCGCUUAGUGAUGGGGAAGUAGGCUCGCAUCUUGGCGGGAUUGACUGGAAAACGUUGUCGCCGUUAAAGUCGACUAGAGCAUCUGGGGUGAAGAAUGCCCUUGCACACGCGAGGGAUUGCAGAGUGAAAGAGGCGUUCAAUUCACCGGUGGCUCGAUCUCCUAAGUGCGUGGUCGGCCGCGCCUCCGACUUUCCCACUGUUUCUGGAGAGGAAUGUAUACCCGGACCACGCGGUUAUGAUUGGCAGCGGCAGUUUGGAGAGACGGAUGAUGUUUCGGGGGGAAAUUUACAACAAACUCUUUCACAUUUGAUUGGAGCAGCUGACAGAAGUUGUUUGCCGCAUGUGCAAUCCAACCACACUUGUACUUUGGAUGGCGUUUCACAAGGGUGGGAGAUUCCGCAACCUGGUUUUAUCUCUCCUGAUGGGGGAGCGAGCACGGGACUGAACACAUCAGCAAUAAGAGGCUCGCAUGAUGUGGAGGUGGGAGGGAAUGCCAGCGAUGUUUUGUCUAAUUUGAGCAUUCCCCAUUCUUCUUCUAAAUGCACCGAGGGAUGCAGCGGAGAGCAAAUGAGCACGGAAACGUGGGACACACGUACCAGGCAUGUUCAGCUUGAGGCAAGGUUACGCAGUCUUGAAAAAAGACUCGAGCAACAGCUGCGCGGUUCAGUAGGGCACCGUUGUGAUACGAAAGCCCUCACGGCAUCCCAGGGUCCUGAACCCGCUGCAGUUUUACACACAUCUGAGAGUCAUCCUCAAGAAUUUCUGGGAAAGUCUUUGUAUGAAGGGCCUGAUGCUGUCGGCCUCUCGCAACGGGACAAGUCACUGCCGCAUCAUCAAGGACCGCCUGUAUCAGCGGGAGCAACGGAGAGGAUGGUCUCCGCGACUCCCCAGCAACACGAUCGUCGGGUGGAUGAUGUUUUUGUGCGUCCCCGGGGUGACGGUGCCUCCACAUACUCAUUGUCUUUGACGUACCACGACGCUCAUGGAGCUUUGCGAACCAUUGAUACCCACACGUUACCACCGUUAAAGUUAUCCCCAAGAAAUGCUGUCGUUACGCCAAACAGCACAGCCACAACAGGCUCUCUUGGAUCAUCUGGGCAACAUUCGCUAUCUGUAACUUCGCAGGAAGUUAGACGAUAUUUUAGACGUCCGCUUGCAAACAUCUGGGGUUAUAAUUCAAGGGCCAAUACCGGUCUUCUUUUGGCCCCACUUCCUCCAUUAGAACCAACCACGGGACCACGCCUACAAGGUGUCGCAGGAAAGAGGGGUGAGCUUCGCAUUGGUGCCUUUUUGGGUGGUGGAUGUUGUGGGAAAGUUUACGAGUGCCUGAACACCGAAACAGGUGAGGUUCUUGCAGCAAAGCAGCUGCAAUUUAAUUCUAAUGAACCAAAGUUGCGAGACAGACUAAAACAGUUGGAGUUGGAGUUGGAAGUAUUAAGUGUAGCAACACGUCAUCGUAUGCCCUGGAUCGUCGGAUUUCAUGGCGCAGAGAAAAGGGGCCACUCUGUUCUUAUGUAUUUGGAAUAUUGCCCACGGGGAUCAUUACUAGACUACAUGCUUUCCAGAGGAAGUACACCUUCAGUGAUGUCCUCGAAGAUGAUGUCCACUGCUUCCUUGCCUAGCUUUAGUGGAACGAUUGAACCGGUUGACUCCGAGUCAUCUGUUUCCAAAAAUAUCUCUCAAGAAAUAAAAGAGCCCAAGAGUGUUCUGGAAAGUAGUGAUGGAUGUUCAUAUUUGGCAUAUUCACGUACGCCGGUUACCUUUUUUGUUGCCUCAGCCGCCUCACGGAAUAAAACUGUAUCGCCUGAAAUGCCGCCUCUUCCCAUAGAAGAGGUGCAGCGACUUACGAGGCAAAUAGUGGAGGCCCUUCACUUUCUUCAUUUUUACGGGUAUGCCCAUUUGGAUGUAAAAACGGCAAAUAUUCUCGUGACGGAAGAGAGGGACGCGCGACUUGCAGACUUUGGGUGCUCCAUGCGUCUGCGGCGAAGUGAGGCAGAAUCCGAAUCUUGUGAAUCACCGGGGCAGACUGUUUUGUCAUUUUAUGAGGGACGGAAGGAGCGCAUGAGUGCCGCUUCUGGAGCUGCAUCCAGUGAAACGCAUGAGGCUGCUGCAGCGCCACCGUACCCCGUUCUUGCCGAAGACGAUGCCAUCACAGAGCUUCGUGGGACGGCGGUUUACAUGGCUCCCGAAAUGAUCCGUUUUGAGCGUCAUCGCAUUGGUACCGCAGGCGAUGUAUGGUCUCUUGGAUGUGUUGUGAUGGAGCUUGUGACGGGCGCUGCCCCAUGGCGACAUCUUGCGAGAGAUAAACUCCGCGUGCUUUUUCGUAUUGGUUCCUCCCGUGAGGAUCUGCCACUACCGCCAAGCGUGGUGCAGGCGGCAGAGGAGGCGAGGCGGUCGUUGGCAUAUAAGGCAGAAAGUCAAGAAGCGAUCGAUGUGACUGCUUCUCUCACCGAGGAUGUAAAGCUACAGAAGAGGAGACGUCUGGAGAUUAUAAAAGUCGGGGAUGAGACGGAAAUUGAGGCUGAUGCCGCAAGUAUUCCUGAUUCUGACAUUUCAGGUUCUACCGAGCAUUGCCGGCGAAUGCGCUUGUUUGCUGCGCUGGAGAACUUUCUUUUUCUGUGUCUUCGAAUUCGUCCGGAGGAUCGACCGAGCUGCGAGGAGUUGUUGCUCCACCCCUUUCUCACCACCAUCUGA